AAUAACACAAAGCAGAGUUUCUGAAAUCCCUUGGCCAAAAUGGUAAACUGUUUCAGCGAAGAAAAAACGACAAAGAUUCCAAAUUGUAGUGGAUAUCGAAGGUCUUUUCUCUACACCCCAUGCAAAUGCCCGAUGGUGAAUUGUGAGUUUUCCGGUCAAGAGAAACCCACCAUGGUACGGAAGUAUCGAACUUCCCGUCGAAUACACAAGCUGGCAAAACCGAAGUGUCGUGCGGCGAAGUUCUACCAACGCCCGGUAUCGCAAUAUGGUAGAACGAUUCAGAUGAUUCGAGCUUACCAGGAGCCGUAUGCCUCGACCAGACUCCAGCAGUUGGCCAUCCCGAAGGUGAGAAAAUUGAUUGCCGCUCGCGAUGCUUAUCGGCGGUUCAUCAAUCGCUGCUGGUAUGAUAGGUUUGGCAAGCGUAUCAAGCGAAGUAUGUUCACGGUUUACAGCCGAUUGGCCAACGUCCAACUGCCGGCCACAAAAUCAAAAUCGGCAAAAAUGACUCCAGAACAAUGGCAACAACACCAGCAAUGGUUAUCUAAAAAUGCGCUGCCAAAACCACUAAAGAGACCAAUAAUGAAACUCCGCAGAAGAUUGCCUUUAUCCGAACUCUUGGACCGUAUUUUGAGUCUUUCCGCACCGCGUUGGGAAAGACAGAAGUUCACCAGACCCGCCAAACUUCGACCGGUAAAACCUGGUGCCUUGAAGGCUACGGCUAGCGAUCGUUUGAAGGUGCUUUGCAUCCCAAAAGAAAGACACCGUCGAACCAAAGGGCCAAUAAUAGAGAACAUUGCGAUUCCGGAAAAUGUCCUCAAAGCCGAAGCCUCAGCAAGAGUCAUCGAGCUUUCGAAGCCGAAGGUUUUCCGGAACGUGAGAAACGAAUAUCGCGAGAACCCGUUCACCGUUGAACCAGGUGCCCUAAAGGCAAAGGCAAGCGAUCGCGUGCUGGAGCUGGCUAAACCCAAGAAGGUGAAAAAAUAAAUCAUUUUAGUUCUGUAAACUUU